UCACUUUAUGGACAUUAAAAAUAUUUUCUAUAUAAAUACAAGAUCAAAAUAGGUUAACACAAACAAAUCAUACACACAACAUGGCUUCCCAUCUUAAAGGUGUGAAAAAAACAACAAUGACAGACGAGAUUCGAAGAGCAUUAUGCAAGCACAACAAGGAUAAUCCAAGUCUCACUCAAAAGCAAUUGCAAGAAUGGGUUCAUAGUAACUAUGGUUUGCAGGUGAGUCAAGCGACAAUAUCGAAUACAGUUAAGCGGUCUUUAGAGUAUCUCUCACUUGCUCCCGAAAGAGGCGAUGUUAAGCGACACAAAUCGGCAAAAUUUCCUGACCUAGAAAAAUCUCUCUAUGAAUGGAUUCUUCAAUAUCAAGAACAUGUGAAUAUGACAGGUGAACUAAUCAUCGAGAAGGCGAAAAAGUUCAUGAAAGAUAUGUAUCCAGUGGAUACUCCAGACUUUACUUUUUCUAUUGGUUGGCUUGGAAAGUUCAAAGCAAGAUAUGGAAUUAAAAAUUUCCGGCGUUUUGGAGAGAGUGGAUCUGUUGAAAUGGAUGGCAUGGAGGACAAAUUAAAAUCCAUAAGAGACAAAGUUGAUCAGUUUGAAAUGAAAGACAUCUUUAAUAUGGAUGAAACAGGUUUGUUUUUUAGACUUCAACCGGAUCAUUCCCUUGCAACAAUGCAGCUUGAAGGGAAAAAACAAGACAAGGAAAGACUAACUGUUGCUAUUUGCUGUAAUGAGGAUGGUUCGGAAAAACUUCCUUUAUGGAUUAUUGGGAAAUAUGCUAAACCAAGGUGCUUCAAGAAUGUAAACUUGAACAGUUUGAACUGUGAGUACCGUGCUAACAAACGAGCUUGGAUGACUGGUGUGUUAUUUGAAGAAUAUGUUCGCCAACUUGAUAAAAAAAUGGCUGGAAGAAAAAUUCUCUUGAUUGUGGAUAAUUGCCCUGCUCAUCCAAAAAUUAUUGAAGGAUUACGAAAUGUUGAAUUAUUUUUUUUGCCACCAAACACAACUUCAAAAAUUCAACCUUGUGACGCGGGGAUGAUACGAGCUUUGAAGAUGCAUUAUCGUCGUCGAUUUUAUAGAAGUCUUUUGGAGGGUUAUGAAUUAGGGGUUCCAAAUCCAGCAAAAAUAAAUGUAUUAGAUGCAAUGAAUCUUGCAAUUUCAGCAUGGACUAUGGAUGUUCGUGCAAAUACAAUUGCGAACUGCUUUCGUCAUUGUAAACUUCGAUCAACAGAUAACAUGACUUUUGAGAACUCAGAUGAAGGUGGUGAAAGCACUCAAGAACUCCAGAAUUUGAUCAAAGAGUUGGGUUAUCGCAAUGCAAUGGAUGUCGAAGAUGUUCUAACUCACCCAGAAGAAAAUGUAGUUGCACAGUUGUUGACUGAUGAAGAAAUUAUUGAAAGAGUUAUUGGAAUUAAUAAAGAUGAUAUCGAUGAAGAAGAUGAUGAAAGUUCUACAACGGAGCCCCCUUCGCGAAACGAAGCUAUUAAAGCGGCAAUCACAUUGAACAAUUUCUUGUUGAGCUAUGAGAAAACAACACAAGAAGUUCUUACCAUGCUAAGGAAAAUUAGAGACGAGAUUCAAGGGGAAAUUGAUUUCAACAAAAAACAAAAGACAAUUGAGUCAUUUUUCAAGAAACCUUCAUAAAUCAUUCAUGUAA